AUGCACAAAAUCCCCCUCGAAUUUCUCAAAACCAACACCAACUAUCUGAAAUCAUGCAUCCUAUACGAUGUAGCCCUUAACGUACCAAUUUUUAAUGCCUACCGAAAUUUUUGUGAGGGAAAUGGAGAUGAUGCGAUGGGGUACAACGAUUAUGAGUAUUGGUAUUAUAGAUUUUACAGUGGAGACGUGGAUUUCGAGCAUGAGAGAAGAAUUGACUCCAGGGAGAAGACGUUGACCGAGUUGCCGGUGGAGAUACUCGGAAUGAUGACUGGAUAUUUGGAGCCGGAAGAGAGAGUUGACUUGCGUCUCACAUCUAAAAAAUUUAAAGCGAUCGUCGACAUGGAACCUGUCACUUUCAAACAAAUCGCUGUAGAGUUGAGACCAAACGCCUUAAUAUUAUGCAUAAAUGAAAAUAGCUUCGAAUAUAAAAAUGACAAUGGACGCUUUAUUCGAAAUGGUUAUGCUGAUGAAGGCUUGGAAACUGCACUGGAUCGUUUCGCUCAAGUCUUGAAACACCCGAAACUCCGAAUUGAUCGCCUAGCUCUGAUACUGCCAGCUGAUUUGUUUCCGGAAGAAAGGGAACUAUUAUUGAAAUCGCUCCCACAUUCAUUGCAUGUGAACACAGCUCGUGUUCUAGGAAGUGUUGAGGAAACCUUGACGAUUGUGUCUCAUUUGAAGCCCGGCGUCUUAAAAGAACUAUGGAUAACCGGAUGUCCUCAACAGCUAACUCCAAUUUUUGAAUCGGAACACUGGAAGCAGGCAGAGCUGACUAAAUUGUCUUCCGGUCAAAUAUAUUCAAAGUCAUUCCCCUUCUUCUACAAUUUUGAAAGAUUUGAAAUUUCUGUGAUUCUAAUGGAAUUGGUUGAUGUUCAACUUCUUAUCAACAACAUUGCGAAAAACCCAUCUUUCAAACAUUGCUCGUUGAAAGCUUUCAUUUUUAAUUUAGCUGUGUUUGUGAAUGGAUUGAAUAUGGAAGAUACACUGGAAAAUCCCGGAAUUAUUACAUAUCGUUAUCCGGUUCCAAAUUCAACUGGCUACUUGGAAAUCCGAUUGUUCAAUAAUGGGAUCAGCAUUGAUAGAAGACACUGA